CUAUACGUUGGUGCCCAACAUAUAGUCAGGUCUUCUCAGUUAUUUUACUACUACGAUUCCUAUUGGUUGAAGUCAGGUCACCAGUCGCCGGCUUCAGCUGGCAAACUUACUGCUUGGUAAUAAAAAUACAAGCACAUCAGUCAGCAGAGAAGCUCAGAAUGGCUAAUCUUUCUCGUGUCUUCUGUGUCUCUUUGUUGUGCCUGGUGGUGUUGUGGGAAGGUGGAAGUUUGGGAACACACAGCUCCACCGACAAUGGCGGUUGUCCUUGCCCAGACCCCGAUCACUGCAAAGUCAUUUCAUCACCUCCUCGAAAAGAAGUUUUUGGCUUUUGGGUUGGCUCAACUGUAUGGAAACAUUUUGAUUGGACGCGGAUCACCACCAUUGUCAUGUUCCAUCGACAUGAUUCACAGCUGAUGUGCUAUGCCCACGCGAGAGGCGUUCGAGUCGUAAGCAUGGGUGUGUUUCCGGCUGGGAGUCUUUCCAACGUGACCGCUCGUAGUGCUUGGAUAAUGGCCAGAGUGAACGAGACAAUGGAAGAACAUCUGGAUGGUAUUAAUAUAGAUAUUGAGUACCCGCUGAAUAAAUCCGAAGCACAUUUGCUGACUGAUCUCGUCGCAGAAACUACCAAAGCUUUCCACACUGCAAUUCCAAACUCUCAGGUGACAUUUGACGUUGCUUGGUCACCUGACUGCAUUGAUGAGCGUUGCUAUGACUACAAAGGCAUCGCUGAAGCAAGUGACUUUGUCUUCAUCAUGGCGUAUUCGGAGCAAAGUCAGAUAUAUGGUCCCUGUAUUGCCAUGGCCAAUGCACCGUAUAACAAGACAGUAAAAGGAAUUCAAGGAUAUUUGGCAUUGGGUAUUCCUUCUGACAAGCUGGUCUUGGGAGUGGCUUGGGACGGUGUGGACUAUGUUUGCCUGAACAUCUCCAAGGACAACGUGUGUUAUAUUGAACAUGUUCCUUUCCGAGGUGCCCCGUGUAGUGACGCACCUGCCAAAGAGAGAACCUACUCCUUCAUUCAGACUAAACUGCUAGAUUCAACGACUGGUAGACUUUACAACGCAACUUAUGCCUCGCCGUACUAUAACUACAAGGUGACUAGUGAUGUGAUUGGCCAGAUCAGACAAGUCUGGUAUGACGAUGUCGAGUCUCUGACUCUCCGCUAUGAGUAUGCUAAGCACGUAAACCUGCACGGGGUUGGCAUGUGGACCGUGGAUAGCCUGAACUACAGUCAGACGCCGGUAGCCGAGAAUCAAACACGCGCCAUGUGGGAGGCUAUUGAUAAAUUCCUUCACUGAGACUGGAAGUUGGUAGUGAUCCACUUGGACAUUCAUUUCCUCGUGAACAAUAUUAUAUGGACAGGCCAUUGGCUAUGAGAAAGUCACCGUCUUCCAUGUUACAACUUCAGGAAUAGUGGAUUUGUUAGGGACUUUUUGACUGAUGGGAGUGGUUGGAACUGGUUCCCUCCACACGUUUUUAGGGAGGAUCGGGAACCAGGAUAUAGACUCACGCCUUUCUAAACCUUCAAAUAGGUUUUGAAGUUUUCGUAGCUGGGGAUCAGUGAUUUAGGGCAAACUUCAAUGAAGCUUUAAAGUGGAAAAUAUUUCCCGAUUUCGUAAGGAGGCAGAAAGAGAGAAAGAAAGAUAUGACGGGAGGGAAAGUACGAAACACAGAAACAGAACUUGGGACAGUUAUUACAAGGAGGAAGAAAUAUCGGCUUAUAACCUACUCAUGAGUUUGUUUGAAAUUUUGAUUGUCGGAUGAUAGGCCUACCCUAUAAUUAACUUGAGAGUAAAUAGUUGUAUAUAAUUUGCAGAUGUACGAGAUUAUAUAUUUAUAUACUACAUACAGUUAUAUCAGGUUUUUUGAGUGAAAUCGUUGCAUCUUUCUUGGAAUUUCGAGGUGUCUGAAUGACGUCACGGCCACGCUAUUUUUACCAUGAUCUUGUGAAACAGUUUACUUCAUUUUUUAAAAAACCCCUGUGCCAUGUUAUGGAAUAUUCAUUGCGAGCGAUCGUAAGCAAAAUCUCACGUGCGUGGCACGUACCGAGUGAUGUCGCGCCCAGCUAGCCAGUGCCUUCUCAAGAAUGGCUAAACUGUCUAUAGUAUUAUCUUGACCAAAUCCUUGGAGAACCUUGGUACAUCUUCAUGCGCGGUGCAAGGCUUUGAAUGUGAAAUUUCAGACCCAGUUCUUCAAGCAGAAAAACCUCACCAAGGAUUUUGCGUUGUUUGCACAACAUGCAAACAGAAAUUCUAUAUAAGUAUUUCAUUAUAAUUGCCGAGAACUGGUAAAGGUUUCUCUCAGUUUGAAUGAAUCGUCUCCACUGUGAAAAAGACACAUCAACUGCGAAACGUCAGCGUUGAAAUUAAUGCUGUAUUAAUGUGAGUGUUGUGGAUAACCAGAGAAGUUUAAGUUCAUGUAAACCACAGUUACCUCUCAGUCUGUAUCUUCAAUUAUCUUAAACCACACUUCGUUCCUUACAAGACAUUUUUUGCCUAUAAGUACAUGUAGUUGCCUUUGUAAUUUCCCCUCACGCUUUGAAUUACAUACAUCACAUUCUUGUACUGAAAUAGAGCCAAUUUUUACAAGUUUUCUGUUAUAUCUAUAUAUUUUGAUGUAUAUUGCUUUGUUAAACUACGAUUUUAUACUCGUAUACAUCACUUCUUGUGAAACAGAAAGUGAAAAGGUUGGAAAUUCGGUACAAGUUGCACUACAAACGAACUGAAAUUAAACAUGAUGUUUUGUAUAUUAGCCUUUGUAAUCUUAGACUAAUUGAAAUACAGGUGUGGGGAGAUGAUGUAGUCCGUUGUAAAAUGAAACCCUCGUGGUUCAACUUUCAUUAAGUGUGGUCAAAAGAUGCCAUAAUCAUCAAGGACAGUAUUCCUUGCUAAUUUAUGUUGUUUGUAAUAAAGAAGCAGUAAUCACA